CGUGUACAGUGACCAAGGACCGUUUCCACGUUAGUGUUUUUAUAAAUUUGUUGUUAUUUAGACGUUUAUUAACACACUGGAUCUCAAAAUAUGACUCAUUUACUGCACAGAGUCACAUACUUACCCCAGGUAGUCUUUAAUUCGCGUUGGAGACAGAACUUGGUUGAUAUAUUAUCUAGGUAACGCUAACUAGCUGCUAACAAUGGCUAACUGUAACGUUAUGGUUUUUCACACUCAAAUAGCCUCCAUCAUGGAGGUGCUAGCGAGUGCAGCCGUGGCAGAUAUAUGUAAACUUGUAGACGACGACUAUGCAGUGUUUCGUUUGGAAAUAACUCAAAGCCAGAAAGAAAACAGGGCAUUGCGGAGGAAACUACAGUUACUGGAACUUAAGGUGGCAAGGGAGCACGCAGAGAGGACAACGCAAGAGCGCAUUCUCGCCAGUCGUCCCAGAAGUGUCAAGAUCCUCGACCGAUAUGGUGGAAUGGAAAGAGGUGAAGGACAUCUCACUGGAGGCCACAGGAGCUUUGUGAAGCCAGCGGGAGACAAUACAUGGAGUGAUGACCAACCAAUCACUGUUGAUGAGGAGAGUGGAACCUCAACCCAGCAUGUUAUCGUGAUCGAGUCUGCAGAUGCCAAGGCUGCAGGUCCUGGGGUCAAGCAGGAGAGGACUGAAGGAGUGGAGGACCCACGGCACAGCAGAGACAUCCAGACUGGUGUGGCUGUAGCCAUGGAGGAACCCACCACCACCCCAGCGCAGCCCAGCUCCCGACGCAGCAUCACGGAGGUCAGUGGAACGCUGAACGCCAUCCUCAAGUCAGAGACAGAGACUUUAACUGUGACACAAAGGCUUUUACACACAGGAUCUGACGACAGGUCAGACCCAGAGACACUGGGGCUGGGGAGACUGGGCUGUCCUCCUGCUCCCGGCUCAGAGUAUUUACUUUACGGUAACCGAAGCCCGGUUCAUUCCCAUCGGAACUCAGGUGACCCGUUAGAAACUGGCAAUGAUCUAUCUUGUUCUUACGCUACAGAGAUCGACCCUGGCAACAUAUCCUUAGAUUUAGAGACACAGGCUGAUCCAUCCAGAGGAGACUGGAACCGGUACAGUAGUAGUGUAUACUCUGAAGGGUGCAUAGAUAAGAAAGGGGAAGGUCUGGUCGUAGAUGAGGUAACUGUGAAAGUGGAGGGCGACAUUCCUCCUAGUCACCUAGGAGAUGGACUCUCACAGGGCAAAGAUUUCUUAGAUUACAGUUUAGAGACAAAUCUAAAUGUUGCGACCCACUCUCCUUUACACGUGCUCAGGGAUUGCAACCCAGUCUCCACGUUGAUGGCGCCUUCCAAUUUACAAGACCGCGUCCUUUUCGAUCAGGUAUUGAACUCAAACAACAGUGCUACAGCUCAUGCCCAGGGAGGGGGAGCCACAUCAGGCAAUAGUAAAGAGAAACGGUUCCUCUGCAUGUUCUGUAACAAAGGCUUCAGCUGCACCCAGAAGGUAGAGAUCCACCAGAGGGUCCACACAGGGGUGAAACCCUUCAGCUGUACUCAGUGUCACAUGCGCUUUGCCCAGGCUGGCCACCUGAAGAGGCACCAGAGGGUCCACACAGGGGUGAAACCCUUCAGCUGUACCCAGUGUCAAAUGCGCUUCGCUCAGGCUGGUGACCUGAAGAGGCACCAGAGGGUCCACACAGGGGAGAAACCCUUCAGCUGCCCCCAGUGUGAGAAGAGGUUCUCCCGCCAGCACCAGCUGAAGAUGCACCUGAAGGUCCACACAGGAGAGAGGUCGUUCGCCUGAAGGCAUAUAUAGAUUCCUGGGUUGGAACCAACAUGCAGUACCUCCAGCAGGAAGAGAGGCACAAACCAUUUGUCUGCCAGCUCACUGACAAGCUACACUAUUCACAGCCCUGUGUAAUGUUCAAUGUAAUCGCAUUACAAUACCUUUUUAAA